AUGGCAUACCAAAGCCAGAUCAAUGAGAUAAAGCGAAAACUCCAGCGAGAAGGAUCUUCCCGCUGGCAAAAUAGCUCCCAGCCUAUGUUCAGACAGAUUUGUAAUGCCUUUUACCAAGCUGAAGACUGUCCACACUCGAUUGCCUUAUCAAGAAGCAUGAAACAAUACCUAGCUGAAGAAAAUAUAUGGGCGUAUCUAUUUGGAAAAGACUCCAGGUUCCCAGGCAUAAAACCUAGCAACACUUAUGCGCAUUAUAUCCCAUCCCAGGCUAUGGUUUCCAACGCCUCCCAUGCAAACACGCGCUACGAAUCUGAACUUAUGCCUGGGCGAAAUAUAUCCAAGCCAAAUUCAUCAUCUCCAGCUCUUGAGUGUGUGGAAGAAUCAAAAACUACCAGAUUCGUUGACCGAGGAGCGGCUAAAUCCAUGCGGCGUCAGCUCGAAGAGAUCUGGGCUCUCGGGAAGAACAAGCCAGCAAACUACGAACCUCAGUUUGGCUGGAAUCCGAGUACUGGAGAGCCAUGGCUUGCCCUUCGUUCCUAUCGUGAAAAUAGCUACACAUCCCUCUCGGGCCCAGCACAUCGGUACCUACGACAGCUUUCGGCAUUUUUUCCAGCUAUUACUAUUCAGUAUGAUCGCUUCCCUCACCUCGGAUUCACGCUCAUUUGGUUUGAUUUGCGUGAUCCUAAGAGUGUCUUUAGUGCAAACGUAUGGCGGGAGCUGGCUCAACUUCGGGCCUUCUUUGAGGAUUGGGCCAGCAGUAACAAUGUAUCCAGGCCAAUCCAUCAAGCUUACAAAAUUUUUAUUGAUCAGAAUGCUCCAACCCGACCAACCCUGCCUCUACCUGACGACUUUGAUCCAGAUGUAGAUGCCAUCUUUGGAAUGGCACCACCAAGAUGCUCGAGUCCCUCGAGAUCGCGUAUUUACACAAGUAACCCAUCCGGAGCUAGCCACAGAGCUAUUUUAGCCAAACAUCGAGUUGAUUUUAAUAAUGAGCCAUCGCGUCGAGAUUCGCAUGGAAAACAUCGCCAGGAACGUGUACGUACAGACUUUCUCCGUUAA